UGUUCACAUUUAGUUCAUUUCACCCUACGUGUUUACGGUGCUCUCGUUACAAGUAUGAGUGUUCUAAUUUCAAUGCAAUCGGUAAUCCUGACGGCAGCCAUUCUGCUGCUCAUCGCCAGUUGGAGGUUGUAUGAAAAACGAAGAUCCUUUCGUAAUAUAACAUCCAAAUUGCCGACGCAGUACGGAUUACCUUUUAUUGGGGUCACAUAUAAGUUCUUUAAUUUAAGUAAAGUUUAUAGCACUGUAAGCCGUGGUUUCGAUGAAAUAAAGAGUUUAACCGGUUGUGUGUGGGUAGCCACAACUCCGAUUAUAAUUACUGUCGAGCCGGAAGUGAUUGAGCAUGUCACAUCUUCAUCUGAGUUUCUCAACAAAGCCAGAGAUUUGUAUGCUCACUUUAAUAACGGUGUCAUUAACGGGAUUAUUGUGAAUCCAGUGAAGAAAUGGAAACCCGGUCGCAAAGCAAUAAGUCCUUUUCUUAGCCACAACAAUCUCAUGAGCUUUUUCCCGCUAUUCAACGACAAUGCAAAGAAUGUGAAGCAGAAGUUAAUCGCUAUGGCUGGUCGCGGUGAACAGGACGUCUACGGUGUUAUCAAAGCUUAUGGCUUACAACUGAGCAUUCUGACUAUAAUGGGCACCAAAAUUGAUGAGGGAAGUGAGAAUUACAAGGAGGUUAUGAAUGCAUUUAACAUCUUAGUUCAUCGUACGGCACAGAAUUCAGUUUACUCCUCCGUGGGUUUGGGAUUUCUAACUUUAACGCCAGAGUACAAAAAAACACUUAAAUAUUUAAGAGAGUUAGUAUGCGAUUUGAUCAAGAAAAAUCCCUCUCUCAAAGCCGAGUCGGAUGAAUACGAAGACGGCAAGCAAGCGCUAGUUAAUUUGGCGGUAAAAGCUAUGAAACAAGGACUAUUCACUGCCAGCGAUGUGGAAAUCGAGAGUUUUACAAUGAUUGCUGCGUCCUACGAGACCUCAGCUAUAGUGGUGUACUCGGCGCUUGUGUUGCUGGCGAUGCAUCCGGAAAUUCAGGAACGUGCAUUUGAAGAAGUUCGUUCUGUAUUUCCACACGGAAUCACUUCAGUGGAAUACGAUGAUUUGAAAAAAUUUCCGUACUUGGAUAUGGUCAUAGCAGAGGCAUUGCGAGUAGCUCCACCAAUACCGUACAUUGGACGGCAAGCUAUAAAUGAAACCGAACUGCGGCCGGGUAUAACAAUUCCUAAGGAAAUGCAAGUUAUCAUACCAAUUUUCGAAUUGCACAGACGCAAAGAGCUUUGGGGCCCGGAAGCAGCUCGUUUUAACCCCGAAAACUUCCUACCUGAAAAUAUUGCAAAGCGUCAUCCGUGUGCGUAUAUGGCUUUCUCAAAAGGACCGCGAAAUUGCAUAGGUGUCCGUUACGCAGAAUUCACAGUGCACGUAUUAUUAAUAACUUUACUUCGCAGUCUUAAAUUCUCAACAACUUUUAAAUAUGAUGAUAUCGUUUUCAUGCCAAACGUUACUUUGAGCUAUAAAGUGGAGCCACUAUUAAGUAUAGAAGUCAGAGCUUAA